UUACUUUGUUUAGUUCCGGUGUAAGAUGUAGCCUCCUUAUUUUUUUUAUUUUGUGCAGUAGUUACUGUUUACAGACCUAUUGUCAAAAACUGAGCUUAUGGUGAACUGAAGACAACAUGCAGCAGAAAUCAGAAUACCUAUCCAUAAAUCUCUGUGUGCCUUUUCCAUCCAAUGAAGAGGCAAAUAUUGCCUAUGGAUCGCUGAGUGUAGACAAGGAACCCAAAAGAGGAGGAGGAAAAAAGACCAUGGAAGUCAAAGACAACCAACUCCACGUCCAUUUUGAAGCAAAGGAAGCAAAGCUCUUACGUGUCAGUGUGAAUUCAUUUUUUGACUACCUGAAUUUGGUGGUGCAGACAAUGGAUCAGUUUGGGCCACCUUUGCCUGCCACAUAGUAGUUUCGGACAACUGGACAGUAUCUGUGUGACAUUGAUUACAUCAUGGCAGCUACCAUUCUGUGGAAUAAGAAAUCUUGGUGUAAAUGAUUUGUAGAGGACAUUUCAUGACUGUUUAUGUUUAUAAGUGUCUUUUGUUGCAUAAUCACUAAACAUUGAGUCAUAUAACAAAACUGAACACUUACUUUGGUGUAUCUUUACUGGAGCCAGAAAUUUCUGGAUGUGGACUGUUACAUGUACAUGUAUAUUCCUAGGAUGAAGAACACCAAAGUAACUUGUGAACUGAAAUGACUUUGACCCAAAUUCACUGUCACAAGGUCUAGGGUCAAUUUUGUUAAAACCCUCCAGCAUUUUUUUCUGAUUAACUAAAAGAACUGAAAGGCCCAGGGUCAUGUUAUUUGGCUGAUAGCUUCUUGUGAUGAAGUCCAACAAAAUUUACUAAGGAGGAAUGAUGUUAACCCAUUUUAUUUUCAAGAUCACGGGGGUCAAAUGUGCUAUGAUUCUAAUAGUUGUUUUUUUUUCUGAAAAACCAAUACAUGGAUCCCAAGGUAAAAGAUGUUAAUUAAAUAGGUAAUAUACAUGAACAAAGGUGUACUGUUUUUCAUCAGUGACCUAAAUAAACU